AUGUCUUCAACAACAUCACCUUCUCCAAAUUCUUCCCCUUCUGCGGUCCCACCAACUUCAUCCGGUACCUCACCACCCCCACCUGCUUCCCCUGCCCCAUCAAAUUCGUCAACUACUACAACCACUGCAACCCCUUCUGACGCUUCAUCCCCUCCUCCCCAGUCUCCUCCUCCAGCAACACCAGCUGUUCCCCCUCCAAAAUCAUCACCACCACCAUCAACACCGCCACCAACUUCACCACCGCCUUCUCCUCCUCAGGUUCCACCCCCAUCCCCUCCUCGGUCUCCACCCCCAUCAUCUCCAACUGUUCCACCCCCAUCGCCUCCGGCGGCAUCACCUCCACCAUCACCACCCGCAUCAUCACCACCUUCGCCACCAGCUUCUCCUCCUCCUGCUGCAUCUGCACCCCCACCAAAUGCGUCCCCACCGCCUCCAUCAGGAGGUUCCCCUCCUCCCCAAUCUUCCCCACCACCUCCAGCAGAAGCCUCACCUCCACCUACAUCCACCUCAGAUUCUCCACCCCCGCCAGCUGAUGUACCACCACCUUCGGCCAAUUCUUCACCACCACCACCACGGGGAAAAGCACCAGAAAAAUCCCCUCCAUCCCCCACUGGUACACCUCCUCCAUCUGGUUCUAAAUCUGCUCCUCCACCAGUUGAUAACUCCCCCUCUGAACCCACUUUGCAAUCACCACCUCCUUCAGUCCCUUCAUCUUCUUCACCUCCUCUUAGUUCUCCAGCUCCACCUAGUAAUUCAUCAAGUCCAACUCCCUUACCACAGAAGCCAACUGCAAAGUCAACUACUAAUGCCAAUGCAACGGCAAAUACCACAUCUAGAAAUACAAGCGGGUUAAACACGGGAGGAGCUGUGGCAAUUGGAAUUGCAGUUGGAUUUCUGGUGCUCAGUCUUGUUGUUAUGGCGGUUUGGUUUGCAAAGAAGCACAAGAAAAGAACUGGAUCAAAUCUUCGUUACACCAUGCCUUCCCCCUUCGCUUCAUCCCAGAAUUCAGAUUCAGUAUUUCUGAAGCCGCAUUCUCCAGCUCCGCUUGUAGGAAAUGGUUCUGGUAGUGAUUUCAUGUAUGCACAAUCAGAUCCUGGUGGAGUAAACAAUUCAAGAUCAUGGUUUACAUAUGAAGAACUACUCCAAGCCACAAAUGGUUUUUCGACAAAGAAUCUUUUGGGCGAAGGUGGAUUUGGUUGUGUAUACAAAGGUGUUCUGGAAGAUGAAAGGGAAGUUGCUGUAAAACAGCUAAAAAUUGGUGGUGGACAAGGGGAACGUGAGUUUAAAGCUGAAGUUGAAAUUAUUAGUCGUGUACACCAUCGCCAUUUGGUUUCCCUGGUUGGUUACUGUAUAUCUGAGCAUCAAAGAUUGCUUGUCUAUGACUUCGUUCCAAAUGAUACCCUACAUUACCAUCUUCAUGGUGAGGGCAGGCCGGUUCUGGAUUGGGCAACCAGAGUCAAGGUUGCUGCUGGUGCAGCUCGUGGAAUAGCUUACUUACAUGAAGAUUGUCAUCCCCGCAUUAUUCACAGAGAUAUUAAGUCAUCAAACAUCCUUUUGGAUAGCAACUUUGAAGCUCAGGUUGCAGAUUUUGGGCUUGCAAAGCUAUCAUUGGAUUCAAAUACGCAUGUAACCACAAGAGUAAUGGGAACAUUUGGAUACAUGGCUCCAGAAUAUGCAACAAGUGGAAAGUUGACGGACAAGUCUGAUGUUUACUCUUAUGGUGUUGUGCUAUUGGAGCUAAUUACAGGCCGCAAACCCGUGGAUUCUUCUCAGCCGUUGGGUGAUGAGAGCCUAGUUGAAUGGGCUCGGCCUUUGCUUUCUCAAGCACUUGAGAAUGAAGACUUUGAAGAGUUGGCAGAUUCAAGGCUGGAAAAGAAUUAUGUUGAGAAUGAAAUGUUUCGAAUGAUUGAGGCGGCUUCAGCUUGUGUGCGUCAUUCAGCUGCGAAAAGGCCACGGAUGAGACAGGUGGUAAGGGCUUUUGACUCCUUAGAUGAAUUAUCAGAUCUCAGUAACGGAAUGAAACCUGGACAAAGUGAAAUUUUUGAUUCCGCACAACAAUCUGCACAAAUUAGAAUGUUUCAGAGAAUGGCAUUUGGUAGUCAAGACAACAGUACAAGUUUUUUUAAUCACACUCAUAGUAGCUGGAAAAGUAGAGACUCUAGAGAGCACGGGGACAAAACCGGGAGUAGCUGGACAAGUGGAGACUCUAGAGAGCAUAGGGACCAAACUCAGAGUAGCUGGAGCAGAGACCAGAGAGACCAAAGUACUGUAAUAUCCAUUGAUAGAUCUCGGUUAUGGAACAACUGA